AUGUCUGUUCCAACACCAGAACAAAUACAGAAAUUUACACGUGCAUUCAACGAAUACGAUGAUGACAGAGAUGGCUAUAUCGAGACAUCAAUGGUUGAGCGCGCUAUUCGCUCUAUGGGACUUAAUCCAACACGUCAGGAGAUGAACGACAUCAUGUCAGAUAUUUCUAGCUCAAAUAAACUUUCACUCAACGGAUUCGUAUACAUUUGCCAUCAUAUUGGCUGCUUUGCUAACACAGAAAAGCAACUUAUCAAAGCUUUCCAACUAUUCGAUAGAGAUGGCACAGGAAUGAUCAAGAAAGAUGUUGCAAGAGAUGUUCUUACAAAACUUGAUAGACCUCUUAAUGAUGCACAGCUUGAAAAAUUAUUCAGUGCUCUCAAGGUUGACAACGGCUUUGUUGACAUCAAAGAACUUGCUAAGACAUUAUUAUCUCAAUAA